UAGUCUCAACUGUUUCAAUCCAAAAAAGUUAAACAGCCGACUAGUCGGGUCCUGCAGAGGAGGGCUCAAAAGAAAUUCCGUAAAAUUUUAAUGUGACUUGGAGAUUUUAAAGUGAGACAUAAUGGUGCCAAUCAAAUCAUAUUGUGCUCUUGAUGGUUUUUAUGAAAUGUAUGAUACAAUUGGAAGUGGAGGCUUCGCCAAGGUUAAACUUGGUGUCCAUUGUCUUACUGGUGAAAAAGUUGCCAUAAAAAUAAUGGACAAGAAGCAGUUAGGGGAUGAUCUUCCCAGAAUUCGAUUGGAAAUCGAAGCCAUGAAAUCACUCAGUCAUCAAAAUGUUUGUAAACUAUUUCAAGUUAUAGAAACUGAUGCCAAGAUUUUUAUGGUCCUUGAGUAUUGUCCAGAUGGAGAAUUGUUUGACUAUAUUGUUGAAAGAGACAGACUAACAGAAGAUGAAGCUAGACACUUUUUCAGACAGAUUGUUGCUGCUGUUGCUUACAUACAUCAUAAAGGGUUUGCUCACCGUGAUCUGAAACCAGAAAACUUGCUAUUAGAUGAUGACCAACAAUUGAAGCUUAUAGAUUUUGGACUUUGUGCCAAACCCAAAGGUGGAAUGAAUUCUCAUCUAGAAACAUGUUGUGGUUCACCAGCAUAUGCAGCUCCAGAGCUCAUUUCUGGCAAAUGCUAUUUGGGAUCCGAAGCAGACAUUUGGAGCAUGGGAGUUCUUUUAUAUGCUCUGUUGUGCGGUUACCUUCCGUUUGAUGAUGAUAAUAUUGCCAUACUUUACAGAAAAAUUCAGAGCGGAGUUUACGAAAGACCGGAAUGGUUAAGCGAAUCCAGUAUGGAAUUGCUAGAUCAACUCCUACAGGUGGACCCCAAGCGUAGGAUCACCGUUGCCCAGCUACUACACCAUCCAUGGGUUCUCAAAGAUUGCAACCCGAGUUAUAACGUGCAAUGGGAGAGCAUCUAUCAAACCAAGGAACUUGAUGACGAGUGUGUGACUGAAAUGGCUGUGUCCGUCGGUAAAUCAAGAAAGGCGAUGCAUUCAAUUUUGUCUGACUGGUCGUAUGACUACAAUACAGCAACGUAUCUGCUUCUCUGGAAGCGCAAACAGCUAUCGAAAUCGGUUAGGCUUAUGAGAGACCAGCAGAGUAUUCCUGGAACACCUGUGUCUGGACUGAAGCGUAAUUUGAUUGACGAAAUGAAUUCGGCUGAUGACAAUCGGCGUAAUUCGCUCAAAAACUCACCCCGAGGAUUACAUACAUCACUUGAAGGAGGACUAGAUGAUGUGGAUCUCCUGGCUAUUGGGCAAGGAAGUCCUAUAGGUGACAUUAUUCAACGCGUUCUCGAAACACAGCCUCCAUUUUCCCACCAGCUCAAUAAUAACAUGACACCUUUGGCGAAAAAGCGCCCAUUGGAAGAAAAAGAAAUGGAAUAUGUUUUCGCUAAGCCAGUUUCUGUUGCACCAACACCAUCUCGUAAAACCAAACGACAAUCCCCAGACCAUUCCAAACUCUCUCCGUCUCGUUCAAUGGAUAGCGCCUUGGAUGACAUCUCGAAAACUCCGGCCACUCCGAGAAGUAGCCGAGUAAACGACGAAAACCGAUGGUUGGAUACUCCGGAGCGCGGUGGUGCUGCCGGUUCGAAGUCGACACGAAAAAUGUUUGGUAGCAUCGAACGUGGACUAGAUCGAGUUCGUUUGAUGCUUACACCUCGUCGUAGACAACUUCAUCGUACUGGUGGAGAAACCGAAUUUUCUUCAAGUGGACCAAAUGUUGUCGAUAACAAGGCUCUCUACAACGUGUCUACUACGUCCAGUCGGGAUCCGGAUUUCGUUUUGUCAGAAUUGCGCCGUGCACUCCAAAGCAAAGGAAUUCCUGUCAAACAAAAAGGGUACACGUUACGAGGCAGGAUCACAGAGGGAGUUAGAGCAAAAUUGUCUUUCGAACUGGAAGUGUGCCUCAUCCCGCGAGUGGAUGUGGUUGGCAUCCGGCGCAAACGACUAAAAGGCGACGCCUGGUGCUAUAAGCGCGUUUGUGAGGAAGUCCUGCGGAUGGCGUCCAUCCAAACAGCUGCUUGAAAGCCCUUACGACACAAUGCAACUGGAUCAAAUUACGCCAAGAUUUUUUUAGAAUUUCCUUAUUCAUUUGCAUUUGAAAAUUGUCGACGUAUUAUGUUUUUCUUUUUAUCUUUCUUAUAACGAAUUUUUACUUCUUACUCUUUCCGUUCUUUCUUGACCGUAAAAAAAAUAACGCCCUUCUCCAUUCCUAGCCCGCUUGUAAUACCAUUUACAUUAUAAUUCACAAAUUUUAGUGCAUAACAAAGUCCCUUACAGGAAGGUGAAGGGUUGAAUUAAUGUCUGUUGGAUUCAGAUUGGGUUUUCGAUGUGUGCCCUGUUAACUUGGUACUGUCUGUGUAUAUUAGAAAUGUCUUUAAUUGAUUUUUUCUUUUCUCUUCAGUCUGUUUCCACCUUAUGACUCGUUAAUACAAAGAAGAACCUUGCGGAACACAAGCCAAAAGGAUGACAUGCUCAAAUUUUGACAAUGA